AUGGAUCAAGUGUUGAACGAAGAGCAGCUGCAGGAUUUGUACGCAUGGAUUGACAAAAUACCUCUGUCCCGGCCGAAAAGACACAUCACAAGAGACUUCAGCGACGGAGUGAUGGCUGCAGAGGUUGUAAAACAUUUCUUCCCCAAACUGGUUGAGUUACACAACUACAGCCCUGCGAGCUCCACACAGCAAAAGAUCAGUAACUGGAGCACUCUCAACAGGAAGGUGUUUUCCAAGCUGAAUUUUCACGUGGCUGAGGAGACAGUGAAGAGGAUUGUCCUGAGCACCCCGGGAGUGAUAGAGCCUGUGCUGUGUGCCCUCAGGGACAAGAUAGACAAGAAGCUGGAGCGCACUGUGGACAAUAUGCUGGACUUGGAGUAUUAUGACACCAAGAACCAGGAGAUACCGCAUACAGGUACAGCAAACAAACCCCAGCCUACAUUGUAUUUUACCUCGGAUAUGGACCCUGCCGUUUAUCAAAUCCUGCAGGAAAAAGAGCAGGCACUAAUGGCUUUACAGGAGACUGUGGAGAUCCUGCAGAUGAAGGUGAGCAGAUUGGAACACCUCGUAUACUUGAAGGAUAUGCGUAUUGCUGACCUGACACGGCAUCUGGAGACAUACAAGGCCAAAGUGCCCUGAUAUAAGCAUG